AUGAAGAUGGAGAGUGUCCUGCCCGACGAAGGCGCGAUCACCAUCCGUGCUGGCCGUCACUUGGGCUACUUCACGCCCCUCACACCAAGUGAGCACAUCAUGGUCAUUCGCCAGCUGGAGGUGCAGCGCCUCAGGGAGUGCGAAGCCGGCCCCGCCCCUGUUGCUGCGGCAGACGCCGUGCCUGUCGUCACUCCCGCCGACCAGUCAGUCGAACCGAUCGAACCGUCCACACCGUCAUUUCUCGCCCCUGCUGAUGCUGUUGAGGUCACACUCACAGCCUCCGAGAACGAUGAGCGUACUCGCCUCACGGCCGAGGACAUGUUGCGUGACCUGAACAACAUGCGCCCAGAACCAUCACUGUCACGCCCCUACACACCCACGUUCUCGCGCCCGUUCUCACUUUCGUCUCGCCCGAGUGGCCGACUCACCGAUGCCAAGUUCCGUCGACUUUGUCAGCGAGAGCGAGAAGAGCAGAUGCUUGAUGCCGUGCAUUCCCAAGUCUUCCGUUCAGCGUCAUCCGGCCCUAUUGUUCCCGACGAAGGGCAGAAACACUAUGCUCGUCAAGUCGCUGCUCGCUCGGACCGUCCGCCUCGUGUGCGCGAGCCUCCUCGUGUAAGGCCACCAAAGACCGACUCAGAAGCCCUUACUUCUGUCCCUCCCGCCCGCCCUGGUGCCGUUCUUCCAGACGGGGGCGUUUCUCUGAGCGAUGGGGGGGGUGCAGCCGAGCACGAUGAUGCGGCUGCUGCCGAGAAGAAGAGAAAGGAGGCACACGAGAAGAUCAUGAGCCGCCUGUCGGUGCCCGUCAAUGUGUAUGAAGGACUGACCGAUGAGCAGAAGAAAGAGUUGAUAGACCUUCUCGUCCGAUACGAUGACGUCAUGUCCAAACACGAUGAGGACCUGGGAGAAGCGAAGGGCAUCAAACACGACAUAGACGUAGGUGACACACCGCCCAUUCGCAAGAGAGCGUACCGUGUCGCAUUCAGCCAGCGCGACUGGCUCCGCAAGAAGCUCGACGAGAUGCUCAAGGCGGGGAUCAUCACACCGUCUUCUUCGCCAUGGCAGUCACCGAUCAUACUCGUACCGAAGAAGUCGGGUGGUCUCCGUCUUGUCGUCGACUAUCGCGCCCUCAAUGCCGUCACCAAACCUGACCACUACCCACUGCCCCGCAUCGAUGAGACGCUGAAUGCACUGCAUGGAUGUGCCUUUUUCAGCCAUGCGGACUGCAAGUCUGGGUUCUGGCAGAUUGGGCUGACUGAGGGCGCGAAAGAGCUGACCAGUUUUGUCACUCCUUUUGGUGCCUUCAAGUUCGAACGAGCCGCCAUGGGCCUGCAAGGAGCGCCUGCGACAUACCAGAGAUGCAUGGAUAAUGUGCUGCGCAAUCUCAGCUGGGACGUGGCUUGUUGUUACAUGGACGACCUCGUCAUUAUGGCUCCGACGUGGGAGGAACACAUCCGCCGACUUGACUUGGGUCUUGGGCCGCCUCCGAGAGCAUGA